AUGGCCGACCGGAAGCGGGCGUAUCCCGACGCAGACGAGGGCGCCGGCAAGCUGGCCAAGAAGACCAGCGGCAGCGACGUGGCGGCAUCCAAGGCAAAGAAGAAGAGCAGCAGUGCAGGCGGCGUGCCGCCCAAGGGCCAGGACCAAGAGGGCAAUGUGUACUGGGAGCUGUCCAAGAUGCGGCGCAUUGGCAUCGCGCACUUCCGCAGCGCGACGCUGAUUAACAUUCGCGAGUACUACGAGAGCGGCGGCCAGAUGCGGCCGGGCAAGAAGGGCAUCUCGCUCUCGCUCGACCAGUACAAGGCCCUGAUCCGGGCGAUCCCCGACAUUAACGCCGAGCUGCAGAGGGACGGCGUGGCGGUCAGCGACGCGGAAAACGACGACGACGCGGCCGGCGGGGCGGGCGAGGGCGAGGGCGCGUCUGUGUCGCUGUCGGUGGCGGCACCGAGGAAGGACAAGGCCAAGGCGCCCAAGAAGGCAAACAUCGAGGCGACCUCGGACGAAGACUCCAGCUGA